AAGAAGAGCAAGAAGAAAAAGAAGAAGAGGAGGAAGAGGAGGACAUCUAACAGAAGUAUUUCUUUGGUGUCACGCUGCAGUAUUUAUUUCGUCAACAGGGAGACAUCAAUAUAAAUUAUGAAGAAUGAGAAUGACUGAGAGUAAAUGAGGUAAAGACACAUCGACCGAUGGGAGAGGAGGACACAGGACCAGAAGACCUCUAACGCUCCUGGGCAUAAAGAGGCAGCAGAACAGAAGGAUGAGCUCACUGCACAGACAGCUGAGUCAGCUGCUCGGAGCAUGGAGGUGGAAGAGGAGGGUGGAGGUUUCUCUGUAUGCCGCCACUGGCUUUCACUGCAGGACUUUCUGCUCCACCACUUCAGAACCAGUGGACCCAAUAGAGAUCCACAAGAGGAAGCUCUUCCUGUGGUUCAGCCACCUUCCUCAGGAGGAGAAACAGUUCGGUGGUUACUUCAGCCCUGAGACCAUGCAUGUGGAUCCACUGAUCCUGGAAAGAAAAGCUGAGGAGAGGGCAGGACUGCUCAGCUCCCCCCUCCAAACCCAGACCCCCCCCAUCCCCUCUGUGAUUGUGGAGCAGCUGUUUGAGCCCACCGAUGCCUGGAACGAGGGCCGGGGGCUCAAUGUGCUGCUGUACGGGGCCGUGGGAACAGGGAAAAGUACAGUGGUCCGAAAGCUGGUGCUGGAUUGGUGCGCUGGGACCACCCUGACCAACUUCAAACUGCUGGUUCCUUUCUCUUGUGAGGACCUUGGCCAACUGUCAAAGGCGGCUUCCUUGAGGGCCCUGGUGAGCAGGAAGUACCUCCACCUGAGGAACCACCCCCUGCUGAGUGGGGAGGCAAACCAGGCCAAGGAUGUGCUCUUCCUCUUCAAUGGGAUGGAGAAGAUGAAUCUAGACUUCCGAAUGGGAGCCACGGAGCUGUGCAGUGAUCCUAAUGAGUCGCUGCCUCCAGGUGUAGUGGUGGUCAACCUGCUGAGGAAAUACCUCCUGCCUGAGGCCAGCAUCUUGGUUACCACCAGACUGUCUGCCCUGGAUCGUAUUCCUCAGAAGUAUGUGAGUCGCUAUGCACAGAUUUGUGGCUUCAAUGACCCGGACCGCCAGCGGGCCUACUUCACCAGCCGCCUACUGCAGCAGAGCGAGGAGACUACACGUAACCAAGGGGCCCAUGCACUUAUAGAGCUGCUUUACCUCAACCUACAGAGAGAAAGCCAGCUGGCUACAGCCUGCUUCCUCCCCUCUUACUGCUGGCUCACAUGUGCUACCCUACACUUCCUCCAUUUCACCGACGCCAAGGCACCCAUCCGCACGCUGACUGGCAUAUACACCAGUUUCCUCAGGCUCAACUUUGGAGGUGAGGUGCUGGGCUCAGGGACCGGGACAAAUGUGCCCAUUCAGGAGCACCACAUUUCUCUGAUGUUGUAUGUAGUCCGUACAGUUGGGAAACUUGCGUUUGACGGUGUGACAUACAAACGCACGUCAUUCUCAGAAAAGGAACUGGAGCAGUGGAUCGGAGGGAAGACCAAGACGGAUGAGGAGCUACGUCAGCUGGCCAUGUUCAGGACUGACGUACUAGACUUCUUCUUGGCUCCCUGUGUAGAAAGAGGCAAGCAUUUUCCAAAGGACCCCAGUGAGCAAGAUGAGAAACGCUAUGUAUUUGCUGUCCCAGCCAUGCAGGAGUACCUGGCGGCUCUCUACGUGGUUCUAGGAGAGAACAAAUCGGCUCUGGAGAAGGUGACCAAGCAGGUGUCUGUGGCCAUUGGUCAGACAAGUGAGGAUGUCAGUGCCAUCGUCAACAUCCUUUCUAAGUUCAUCCCCCUCCGAAUAUUUGCUGUAUUCAACCUCCUUAAGUUAUUUCCAAAGCUCUAUGACAGAAUCAUCAGUCACAGCAAAGGCAGCAUUGCCAAAACCAUGGCAGCUGAGAUGUUCCGCACCGAGGAUAGCUACAACGAAGAUGUCCUGGAUCAGGUGGAGCAAAGCCUCCUGGGAGUCCACGGCCCGCAGCCACAGCAGUCCAUUGAGGGACAGCCUUUUGAGCUCUACCCCAUCUUCAUGGGCGGAUUGUUGCAUUACGGUAACCGUGUCCUUCUCCAGCAACUUGGAUGCACUAUUCAGAGCACCACUGUGGCCCAGAUCACACAUGUCCUUCGGAAGUACCUUGUCAGAGAGCUCAGCAAGCCGCAGCCACCAGAGGAGGUGAUGGAUCUACUGGUCCUUCUGUAUGAGUUUCAGAACCCCAGACUGACUGCCGAGGUUCUGGCCUCAAUCAGAACCAUCCGCCUCACCAACAUUCGUAUGACGUCACUCAAAUGCUUCGUACUGAGUUCUGUGCUGUCAUGCACCCCUGCAAGUUAUCAGCUUGAACAGCUGGACCUGUCCUCCUGUCUCCUGACUCAUGACAUGCUUCAGAUUCUGGGACCUGCCUUCAGACACACACGUAACCUCAAUCUGCAGUUUAACAGCCUGGGUCCUGAGUCCUGCAUCCUCCUGAGAGAUCUGCUGCUCGACCCCAAGAGCUCUAUUAGAUCUCUACAACUGUGUGACAACCCUCUGCUGGAGUCUGGAGCCUGCACCCUGCUGGAGGUUUUGCCAGAGAACCAGUCCCUAACACACCUGUCCCUGAUGCACACUGGGCUGGGGGACCAGGGGGCUUUGGAUCUGGCCGAGAGGCUCCAGCAGCACACGGGGCUCCAGGAGCUCAACGUGGCCUACAACAACAUCGGAGACAACGCUGCUCUGACUUUAGUGGACGCCUGCAGGGAACACCCCAGCAUUCACACUGUGCACUUGUAUCUGAACCCUCUGAGUGAUGUGGGGAAGCAGUCCCUGUAUGUCCGAGGUGUUCCCAAGAGCCACAGUGGCCGGCGAGUCAAGGUCCUGGCUUCAGUCACUGAGGGCUCAGACAUCUCCGAGAACUGGCACCCCAUCCUCAGUGUGAUACGAGAGAACGCCUCAUCCUGGGACCGUGAACGUGUCCAGCAGCAGCUUAAGGUUUUCCUCAGGGAUCUGGAGUGGGGGCGUCAGCAGCAGCCGAGCCUCUGGAAGAGGCUGCACUUCCGUAGGGUGGAGAAGGACGUCCGGCAGACUCUGCGGAUGCUGGAGAAGGACGCCCCGCCUCCAUCCACAAGAAAAAGUAAAUAAACAGUAAACACCAAGAGGCAUGUCAGGUUUGAAUCAGAGUGUGUCCACACCACAGUUAUUAUCCUAAACUAAUACUAAAACCAAAAUAAGCGGUGAAAACUGAAAUUAAAUAAAAAAUGAUAUCCUUUUAUUGUAAGAAAAACUAAACUGAAACAAUAUUGCCUGGUUUAAAAACUGAGUAAAAAUAAGGCAAAAGUGAGCAUGGCUCACGUACCCCCGCUCACUGCUUGACCUCUACUAAAGUAGGGCCAACGGUUUUGCCAUUUUGGAAACAUUUCAAAAAUGUUGGGCAGCCUGGACUUCUAAUGUUACGCUGUCACUUCACGUUGUCACUUUGUUGCGUUACGCUGUUGCCUUAUUUUGGCUUUUAAUUCAUAUCAGAUGUCUAUUCUCAGAACAAAAUGAUGUAAUACAUAUUCUGUGCUGUAUAUGAAAAGAUCAGUGCUGUAAUGUUGAUGAUAGAGUGUAAUUUAAACGCUGUUGCGUUAGGCUGUUGCGUUACAUUACGUUGUUACAUUACGUUACCUUGUGUGUUAAGUGUGAUAGGAGGCUGAUAUGAAACAUAUUUUUGGUUCAGGCAAGUCGACAUUCAACGUAUCCCAUGGUUUGCAGAAACGUACAAUGCCGACAUGUUUUCUAGUCACUGGGUUGUGUUUAGUUCAUGCUUGUGAAGUUUGAUCAACCUCAGUAACCCACUGGAGCAAGAGAUGGAGACAGUAUUAGGUUAGGGUGAGAUGUGUGGUACACAGUAUACACAUUUUAAGAUAUAUGGGGAUAUAGAGGAGCUGACUUAGUUCAGUUGGUAAACCGCCUCUCUAAAGCAGGUUAACAUUGUAAAUGUUGUUAGCUGAGGUUAGACCUUCAGUUGGAUUUAUGGUUUGUCAUUAUGUUGUAAUGGGAUGCACAGAUCUGAUCCACCGAUACUGAUUUUAUUAAGAUUUUAUUAAUUACUUUUUCCAUGUCACUGUAAAACUCUCCUUUACUAUCAGCUACAGUCAUUCAGUCACAGCAGGCCGCCCACAGUGCAUAACAAGAGCUUAUUAAUCACUAUAUACCCGCCGUCAUUUUGUCACUGUAAUUUAUCAUUUUAUCUGAAAUGGUAUCGGGAGAGAAAAGUCCAACUGGUGCUACCCUAACGACUUCCAGACUUUUGGCUGUCAUUUUAUUUGGAUCAGCCACAUCUAUGCAAAGCCAUAUUAAUAACUUUUGAAAUGUACUUUUUAAACCACCGAAGUGUACAUGAUUGUUUUUCCUUCCUAAUCUAUUUCAGCAGAUCAAAUAUUGUUAGUGUACUGUAUUAACAUUCAAGUGUAAUCUGUCUUUGUUGUUCUUAUCUGGUGCCAACAGAUUGUGUCAUCAGAUUUUUUCAGCUGCCUUAUUUCAACGCCAACAGUGCUGCUGUAGUUUGUUUCAUCCCGUUAAUGCGUGUUGGAUGUAAUAAUGAGUGUUCAACAUCUGUACUUUUUUUUUUGGGACCAACUCAAUUGUGUCCGUUACACCGAAAAAUUAGCAUUUUUAGAAUAUUUUAUAAUCAAAGUUCUUGCACACCUGCUUUUGUUUCGGUAAGAUUUGAGAACUUUGGUUAACAGACAAAAUGGUUCUGUAGAAAAACAUGAUCAAAUUGAGGUAUCCAGUAUCAAAACUACUCAGAUGAUACACAUCCUAGUUGUUUUUGUUAAAAGUAAAUACAGUGUGUCUACAUUGUUUUGAUUUUCAAUGUGCAAUGUUGCCUUAUUUAGGCUUUUAUUUCAUAUCAGAUGUCUAUUCUCAGAACAAAAUGAUGUAAUACAUAUUCUGUGCUGUAUAUGAAAAGAUCAGUGCUGUAAUGUUGAUGAUAGAGUGUAAUUUAAACCUGUUACAUUAAAUGUUAUGCUGCAA